UUACCCCAAAAUGGGACAACACCUAACCACCCCCCUGAGUUUAACUCUAGAUCACUGGAGAGAAGUUAAGAGCCGAGCUCACAAUCAAUCUGUGGAGAUCAAGAAGCACCAAUGGAUAACCUUUUGUUCCUCUGAGUGGCCAACGUUUAAUGUUGGUUGGCCUCGGGAUGGGACUUUUGACUCUGAUGUUAUUUUGCAGGUUAAAGCUAAGAUCUUCUCCCCUGGACUAACGGGUCAUCCGGACCAAGUGGCCUAUAUAGUCACUUGGGAAAAUCUCUCCCUUGACCCACCACCGUGGGUGACUCCUUUUCUCAGUCCUACACGAAGAGUCCCCCUCCCUUCUGCCCCUAAUCCGGACCCUUCGACCACCUCCUUGUGUCCUGUUGUGGUAAAACAAAAGCCUGUUCUACCCCCUGAUGAGAGUGUUCCUACUGAUCUGCUGAGUGAGAAUCCACCUCCUUACCACCCUCCCACGCAGGCUGCUGCGGCUGUUCCAGACGAAGCCCAAGCAGAAGGACCGGAGGUCGCUCCCUCCCGCAUCGCGGGGCGACUCAGAGACAGGAGAGGACAAGGAGAUUCCUCACACAUCCUGCCCCUCCGACUCGCAGGAGGGGAAGGAAACCAGUUACAGUAUUGGCCCUUCUCCGCUUCAGACCUGUAUAACUGGAAAACUCAUAACCCGUCCUUUUCCCAAGACCCGCAGGCCCUAACAGCCCUGAUAGAAUCUAUCCUCCUUACCCACCAACCCACGUGGGACGAUUGCCAACAGCUCCUGCAAGUCCUUCUAACUACGGAGGAAAAGCAGAGAGUCAUUCUGGAAGCCCAAAAGCAUGUCCCGGGGGCAGACGGGAGACCAACCCAACUGCCAAACGAGAUCGAGGCUGCCUUUCCCCUCACCAGACCUGCUUGGGAUUUCAACACGGCUGAAGGUAGGGAACACCUACGUCUUUAUCGCCAGGUGCUUGUAGCGGGCCUCCAAGGGGCAGGGAGGCGCCCCACCAAUUUGGCCAAGGUAAGAUCAGUAAUGCAAGGAACCGAUGAGCCACCCACUGUGUUUUUAGAAAGACUUAAAGAGGCAUAUCGCAGGUACACUCCCUUCGACCCGGAUAGCCCCGACCAAGAAGUGAGUGUUUCGAUGUCUUUCAUAUGGCAAUCAGCCCCUGAUAUCAGGAGUAAGCUCCAGAGAAUAGAAAAUUUGCAGGGGCAAGGUCUUAGAGACCUCUUGAGAGAGGCAGAGAGAAUUUUUAACAAGAGAGAGACGCCAGAAGAAAGAGAAGAAAGACAGAAAAGAGAGGCAGAAGAUAGAGAGGCAAUGAGAGAUCGAAAGCGAAAUAAGGAAUUAAGCAGAAUCCUGGCCACAGUAGUAAGAAAGGAAGAUGAGGGCAGAGUAGAAAAGAAGGGAGACAGAGGGCGUGUCCGACUAGAGAAAGACCAGUGUGCCUAUUGCAAGGAAAAAGGACACUGGAUAAAGGACUGUACCAAGAAAAAGAAAAAACAGAGGGAAGAAGAAGCUGAAAUCCUUAACCUCGAUUAGGGAGGUCGGGGCCAGGAACCCCCACCUGAGCCCAGGGUAACUCUUCGUGUGGGGGGAAAGUCAGUCACCUUCAUGGUAGAUACUGGGGCGCAACAUUCUGUCCUCACCCAGACGACUGGCCCACUUAGCAAGAAAACAAUACGGGUAGAAGGAGCCACUGGAGCCAAGCGCUACCACUGGACUACAAACAGGGAGGUUCAGCUGGCUUCAGGAACGGUGACUCAUACCUUCCUGCAUGUACCAGACUGCCCCUACCCCCUGCUAGGACGGGACCUUUUAACCAAGCUUGGAGCACACAUCUAUUUUGAAAAUAAGGGAGCCAAGGUUACUGAUUCUAAAGGAGCACCUAUACAAGUGCUCACCCUUAAACUAGAAGAUGAAUAUAGACUGCAUCAUGAUCCCCAUCCUGUCCAAACAGGCAUAGAUCAGUGGCUGGCCAAGUACCCAGACGCUUGGGCGGAGACAGGGGGAAUGGGGCUGGCCAUACAUCAGCCACCCCUAAUUAUUGAACUAAAAGCCACCGCAACCCCGGUGGCUGUCAAGCAAUAUCCUAUGACAGCCGAAGCCCGCCAAGGAAUCAGGCCACACAUUAAAAGACUGCUGGAACAAGGGAUAUUAAUCCCAUGCCGGUCAGCCUGGAACACUCCUCUGUUGCCUGUUAAGAAACCUGGGAGCGGGGAUUACAGACCAGUGCAGGACCUGAGGGAAAUCAACAAGCGGGUAGAAGAUAUCCACCCCACGGUCCCGAACCCUUAUAACUUAUUGAGCACCCUGUCUCCCAGCCACACCUGGUACUCUGUAUUGGACCUAAAGGAUGCCUUCUUCUGCCUAAAGCUGCACCACCAGAGUCAGCCCCUGUUCACCUUCGAAUGGAAGGACUCCGAUCUGGGAAUUUCCGGUCAGCUUACUUGGACACGGCUGCCACAGGGGUUCAAGAACAGCCCCACCCUCUUUGAUGAGGCCCUGCACCAAGAUCUGACUGCUUUCAGGACCCUCCACCCCCACCUGAUUCUGUUGCAGUAUGUAGAUGACAUUUUGCUGGCGGCAGAGACACGGGAAGAGUGCCUAACAGGUACGGAGUAUGGUCCCCCUUGUGAAUGUAGAGGUGGUCAUUGGGAGGCCCCAUCCGGUACAUAUUUCCGGUCUGUAGAUUGUGGAGACAGGACUGCAUAUCUUGGUAUUCAUGGUACACCUACUCAGCAGCACCAACAGAGCUGGAAAUGUGUGUCUAAGCCUAAACCUAUCUUACCACCAGCUAAUGGUGAGUGCCCCUCUGAUUGUAAUUUCGUCGAAGCUAUGCACUCAUCCUGUUAUGCUUCUUUUACUGAAUGUCGGUUCAAUAACAUCCUGUAUUUUUAUUCUACGGCCAUUUCUUAUAAAAAGGCCUCUGGGGGCUCAGAUUGGAGUCUUAACACUCAGGUAAUAGGACCAGAAAGUUAUAAUUCAAAAACCCUUAGUGCAGGCUGCUAUGUAGAACCUGGACAAAAGGCAUGCUGGCCUCAACAAGCUCCGAUUCACAUAUCAGAUGGAGGGGGCCCUACAGACCAGGUUAAAGAAAAUUAUGUCCAAACUGUGUUGCAAAAACAAAGGGAGUCUCUCUUGCCCCGCCUUCAUUACCAUCCACUAUUGCUACCCAAACCUAGAGGCCUUAAUUUAGACCCUCAGACCAUGGAGAUCCUUACUGCCACCCAUGAUGUCCUAAACCGUUCCAACCCUUCCCUGGCAGAGGAUUGUUGGCUGUGUCUCGCAUUAGGAAUUUCAUGGCCUCUAGUUUUACCUUUAAGUAACGAGUCUAAUAUACUCCCCUCUCCGGAUAUUUGUAGCUAUACCACGCCUUUUAAGGUCCAGCCUCGCUACUUCAACACAUCUAUUUGCCUUUUUAGUCCCUUUCAAAAUAAUUCCUUUGAUGUAGACCUCGGAUUAGCUAUGUUUACUACCUGCUCUAGGUUUAUAAACACCUCUCAGACAGGCUGUUUAGGGGGGGGAAAAUUUAUGUAUGUGGAAAUAACAUGGCCUAUCCUUAUUUACCCACUAACUGGACUGGACAUAAUUCCAGGAGAUGAGCCUGUGCCUUUGCCUAGCUUUGACACAUUCGUUCCUAGGCACAAACGAGCGGUCCAGUUUAUUCCAUUGCUUAUUGGACUGGGUAUCUCAGGAGCCCUCGCUACGGGCUCAGCUGGUGUAGGAGUGGCAAUAGACACUUACAACAAAUUAUCUCAACAGUUAAUUAAUGAUGUAAAUAUGGUCUAUCGUGAUUUGCUUCUAAUUGAAACACCAAGCCCCCAAUCCCUGAUACAACCCUCCCUACCCUCAGGGAAGGAGGAGGGAGGAGGCUCGGGAGACUCGGAAUGUAAACAAACUUCCAACUGUCUGCAAAAGCUGAAAUGUACAGGAUUCAUGAGGGUCAAGGUUACAGAAAUAGUGAACAACCCCUGGGGGAGACUCAGAGCCGCUGAGCUGCUGGGAGGAGACUCUGACCUGCUGAGCCACCUGCAUGUGGUGCAGACAGAUCCAGGCUUCCAGCUUUGGAGAGCCAUCUCCCGUGCUGGAGUGAGCUUUUGGCGAUGCAUCUGCUUUGGUGCCAUUUCUGCUCCUGUAAGUCACCUGUCAGCCGUACUCCCAUAA